AUGUGUACAGUGCGUACAGAAGAGAAUAUUGCGUCUGUUUCUGAGAGUGUUGCUGAAGACCGUGAAAUGUCUAUUCGUCGCCGUUCGCAGCAAUUGGGUUUGUGUUAUUCGACCACAUUGAAGAUUUUACGCAAAGAUCUUGGUGUAAAACCGUAUAAAAUACAGCUCCUGCAAGAACUGAAGCCGAACGAUCUGCCACAACGUCGAAUUUUCAGUGAAUGGGCCCUAGAAAAGUUGGCAGAAAAUCCGCUUUUUUAUCGACAAAUUUUGUUCAGCGAUGAGGCUCAUUUCUGGUUGAAUGGCUACGUAAAUAAGCAAAAUUGCCGCAUUUGGAGUGAAGAGCAACCAGAAGCCGUUCAAGAACUGCCCAUGCAUCCCGAAAAAUGCACUGUUUGGUGUGGUUUGUACGCUGGUGGAAUCAUUGGACCGUAUUUUUUCAAAGAUGCUGUUGGACGCAACGUUACAGUGAAUGGCGAUCGCUAUCGUUCGAUGCUAACAAACUUUUUGUUGCCAAAAAUGGAAGAACUGAACUUGGUUGACAUGUGGUUUCAACAAGAUGGCGCUACAUGCCACACAGCUCGCGAUUCUAUGGCCAUUUUGAGGGAAAACUUCGGAGAACAAUUCAUCUCAAGAAAUGGACCGGUAAGUUGGCCACCAAGAUCAUGCGAUUUGACGCCUUUAGACUAUUUUUUGUGGGGCUACGUCAAGUCUAAAGUCUACAGAAAUAAGCCAGUAACUAUUCCAGCUUUGGAAGACAACAUUUCCGAAGAAAUUCGGGCUAUUCCGGCCGAAAUGCUCGAAAAAGUUGCCCAAAAUUGGACUUUCCGAAUGGACCACCUAAGACGCAGCCGCGGUCAACAUUUAGGCCUAAAUGAAAUUAUCUUCAAAAAGUAA